AUGAGCAGAUGGAAGAGCAGAACUCUGAAGGAAACACAGUUGGUGGAAAUGAGGAACCAGAAUGGGCUACCCAGGAAUGAUGAAACUGUCACAAGGUCAUCUGGUAAAAGAAAAAGAACUGCAAAAAGGAAGAGCACUCCCCAAUCCAAGAAAAGGCAACCUGCUAAUCCCUCUGAUGGUCAGCAGAAUGAAGGAAACAUUGCUGAGAAUCAGCAAACACUUGAACCCUCCACCAGGAAAUCUCCAAGGACAAGGACUGAGGCUCAAAAUGUUGGGUCAUCUGCCACACAAACCUCGAAAAGGAAACGUUCUGGGAAGGAUCCAGUAUCUCAGCCCGAGACUGUGGCUGAGUCUAGAAGGAAAAACUUUCAUGAAACCCCUGUCACUCCUAGGACUCCUCGUGAUCAGUCAGACUAUAUCUCUCCUUUCACCAUUCAUCCUAGAAAGUCUGCCAGCAAGUCCCUCUCUUCCAAUUCUGAGGUCGUCUCCUUGCUUGAAGACCUCAAACAGCAUAAAGAGCCAAGACCUGAGCCCACAGGGCCAACUACAGGUACUGAGGCCACACCAGCUUCCAGCUCUAAACCCAAGGAUAAAGGCAAGGCUCCAGCUACUGAGGAGGCAUAUGAAGAAGACGAUGAAGAAACUGAGGAAGAAGUGUAUCCUGAACAGUUUCGUCUGGCCAGGAAGAGGCCUGGAUCAUCUAAAAUCACUAUCUAG